AAAUUUCCAUUUACGUAGAACAUAACCAUGACGUCGAAUAGAACCGUGACUGCGUGCAAAUUCAAUUGCCAAAUAAAACAUUUUAAAAAACACCCCGUAAGCGGUUAAAAGCGACACGUGAUACAACCUGUUUAUCUCACGAUUAAUUUAAAUAUAAACAGUCGGAAAUUGGAUAAUUAGCAUUUACCGUAGCGACAAGACUUUGCAAGGAACUCAAAUGACUUUCAAAUUAGAUCUUCACACUCACAUUCUACCCGAAAGUUGGCCCGAUUUGAAACAGAGAUAUGGCUACAACGGGUGGAUCCAAAUGGAUCACAGUUGCGGAAAUCACAAAGCCAGAAUGAUGAAGGACGACGGUCAAGUGUUUAGAAUUGUGGAACCCAAUUGCUGGAAUCCAGAAAUUCGAUUACGCGAGAUGAAUAGAGCCGGUGUCAACGUACAAGUUCUUUCGACCGUCCCAGUCAUGUUCAGUUAUUGGGCUAAACCCGAAGAUACUUUAGAUCUGUGUCAAAUUUUGAACGAUCACAUCGCUUCCAUCGUUGCCCAUCAUCCGAAAAGAUUUGUGGGUUUCGCUACGUUACCACUUCAAGCCCCGGAACUUGCCGUACAAGAAUUGAAACGAUGCGUGGGAACUUUGGGUCUUCGAGGUGCCAUGAUCGGAUCUCACGUCAACGCCUGGAAUCUCGACACGGAGGCACUGUACCCUUUAUACAAGACGGCGGAAGAUCUAAACAGUCCCCUAUUCGUUCAUCCCUGGGACAUGGAACAGAGAGGAAGAAUGUCGAAGUAUUGGUUACCGUGGCUGGUGGGUAUGCCCGCAGAGACUACGACGGCAAUUUGUAGUAUGAUUUUCGGGGGCGUUUUCGAAAGAUUCCCUAAUCUGAAGGUUUGUUUCGCUCAUGGUGCCGGAGCAUUUCCCUACACGGUCGGAAGGAUCCACCACGGCUUCGAGGUUCGACCGGACUUAUGCGCCACUAUUACUUCUACGCCCCCCAUGAAUUACUUGGGGAAAUUUUAUGCCGAUUCCCUGCUACAUUGUGCGGAUGCAUUGAAAUUCGCCAUUAAAUUAUUCGGAGAGGAUAAAAUUAUUUUGGGAUCGGAUUAUCCCUUCCCUCUGGGAGAAAUUCCGGCUGGAAAAUUAAUCCAAGAAAUGUCGGAUGUGGACGAUGGAGUUAAGAGAAAGAUUCUUGGUGAAAAUGGUUUAGAAUUUUUGGGUUUGGAUAUGAAGCAGUUUCUUUGAUCGAAAUAAACCUAAACACGACGUGGCUCGGACUAUAAAUAAUGAAUUAUAUAUAAUAACUAUCCUUAAAGCUGUUUUGGUUGUGACAGUUUUGAUUAAGCAGACACGGUGUUAAAAUUGUAAUGCUUUUUCUAUGGAGAAAACUCUGAAAAUAUUGUCAACGAAUGAGUCUUUUAACCAUCUCCGCUUACAAUUUUUUUCCUAGUUUGAUUGUAAUUAUGGCGCAUCUUUGAGAAGAAAAACGAAAACCGAGUAAAGCAACGAUAUAUUACCUAUCUUCACUAACAGUUAAAUUCUUAUAGAUCUACCGGAUGAUCGUAAUUAAUGUAAGUUAUCAUCAUUCAACGCUACUUCGAGAGAUAUUUAGCGAUUCGAAUGCAAUCAAGAUUUCUGUAAGUGCAGAAGACAUUUCCAUUAAAACUCCACACGGGGUUUA